CUCGUACCACCGUACCUUUCGUACUUUCUUCACCUCAUCCAUCUUGGAAACUCUUCUCGGCACCUGUCAUUUGCCUGCGUUCUUCUUCUCUCACAAACGAUUCUUGACUCUCAAUCUCGAAUAUCUCCCUCCUCUUUCUCUUCCCCAACCACGCCUCGUCUCAUUGUCAUGGUGCCGGAUGCAAUCCAUCUUCUCCCUCUUCCUUCAUAGACCCUAUCUUGCUCUCCGUCCCUCCCUCCGUCCCUCCUCUUUCUCUAGACUCUCUAGACCACCUCUUCUCUCGAUAUCCGACACCACACCAUCACCAAGCAUCCGGCAUAACCGCAACGUAUCGUCGUCACUGCCCAUCACUUCAUUUCCUCGCCUUUCUUUUUGCUGGCGACCGUGGCUUGCAGGUUGCCGUUCUCCAUCUUCGCCUCUGCCCACCAUGGCGUCUCCUGUGCCCAUGCCGUCCAUGGGCCAUUGGGGCGCCAAUGGGCAUCAGCAACUCUCGGAGUUUCAGCAGCAACAUAAUUCACAAAAUGAGCAGCCUCAUACAUCCUACCAGCAGCCGUCUCAAUCACAUCCUCAACCUCAACCGCAACAGCCGCCACAGCAACAGCCGCCGCAGCAACAGCAACAGCCACAGCAACAACAACAACCAGGCGAAGAUGGUCCUCAAUUGAAGCUUAUGGGGCUCAAAGUCAACUACACCAUCGAUACCGAUACCCAGGCCAAUUAUCUAGCCCGCCAUCCUCGACCUUUAAAUGUCCAGACCAUCUCCAUAGACCAGACCAACCAGAUUGGCCUCGUUGACCUCAAAGCGUGUGUCCGAUGCAUCGCGAACUGCAGCCCCGAGCUUCUCUCCCACCCAGGCGACUACACCAUAUACGCCUACGACUUCUCCGAGCCCGAAAUCCCACUCGUCGGUCAGGGUAUGCUCUCCUCCGUCCUCGACGCCGACUCUUCCGACUCCAAAUUCGUCGUCGGCCGCGUCACCAAGAACAUGUUGGCCGUCUUGGGUGGUGGUCUCAAGGAAACCCUCGAGACCAGGUUCAGGUUGCUCUCCACCCUUAGAAUCCCGAAACCCGAGUCGAAUUCGAACUCGACCUACAACUCGAAUGCAACUCCCAACCCGAACUACCGCCCCGAGUUUGGCCGCUCCGAAAGCCAACUGAGUGUCGACCUUCCUCCCUCACACAACCAAGGCCCCGAGCGGGCCAUGACACCCACAGGGACUGCCGAAUGGAAUUCCUUCUUGCAGUCGAACCCUCAACUGGGCCACCAAGGCCCGACUAGCCAUAUUCCCCCUUCCGCACCUGCUCCUUCACAAAACCGCGCCGAGUUUCCACACCCCCUUCAACCUCGCCGUGACUCCUUCGGCCACCCUGGCUCGUCGGCUCAAAUCCCUCCUCCCGCCCCACCUGCCAGCACCAGCACCGCCGCUAGUGCCGGUGCCCCUGACUGCCUCACCAGGAUUGCACCGACACCCGUGGGUCCGGCCGAAACUGCAAUGGACUCUGCUGCCAACCCCCCUUCACGCCCUUCAUCGAGAGCCUCGAACAAGUCACGCAAGAAGGCGCCCAGCGGCCGGCCACGGGGUCGUCCAAGGAAAAAUGCCGCCCCCGACAUGCCCGGUAGUACGUCUGGCUACGAGGAUGGAACUGAUGCAGAGGAGGGGCUCCCCAAGAAGAAGAGGGCAAGGAUCUCCAAGGUCGUCAAGAAUAUCAACACCCCUUUCGGGGGCGGUCCCGAUUUGCUACGCGUGGCUGCUAGCACUUCUGGCUCCCUCCGUAGCCUCCGGCCUGCUGGUCCUAUGGGCGAGGCGCCACAAGGCAACCACCUGCAGGAGGUUCCUAGAGCCCCCACGCCUGUCCCCGACGGAAGAGGAGCCCCGGCGAGGGGAUCGUUUGGGAUGAGAGACGCGCGCACCGAGAUCCGUCGACUGUCUACCCUCAACCAGACAGCAAACCCAGCGGAACACCAGGAUGGUCGUUCGCCCGACUCGGACGCCGUGACGCCCAUGAUGUACUCGGAUGACAGCGCUGCUCUGAUCGGGUCGUCUCCCCCGGUCCCGCGGAUAGCGCCCUACAUCCGGUCAAGUCCUCCCCCUUCUAGUCCCAUCCUACCCCCCAUGCCGAAGCCGCAGUCGCAGCCAGAUUCUGGCUUCAUGAGCGGUGGCAUAGACGAUGUGACCGAGGAGCCGUUGAGAUCAGUUCAGCCAGCACCAGCACCAGCACCAGCACCUGUAACCGCACCAGCACCUGUAACCGCACCCGCACCCCCACCUGCACCUGCUCCCAAGAGGAAAAGGUCUCGAUCUCGCGACACGUCUCACAUUCCUAUCCAAAUCUUCGAGCUCCGACAAAGUCAAGGUCUCUCCAGCGAUGUCGAGAUGGUUCCGUACGGUAGUUCAGGUCCGCGGGCCCCGACCUCUGCCCCCGGUUACUUUCGUCCACUUCCUCCUGCAUUGGAGCGAUCCCAAAGCGAUAAUAUGCGAGCCGCCUUGCCUCCUCGCCCUCCUCCUCCUCCUGCCGCCCUUCCGUCACCAGUUCCUCCUCCCCCAGCACAAGAGAAAAACGAGUCCCCGUCGCAGCCAAGGGGGCCAGCUACGGCGGGAGAGGGGGACGUGCAAAUGUUGGAUAGAGGUGCUCCAGCGGAAGAGCAGCGGUCAGUGGAAUUUCGGGAGGGAAGUGGCUACGCUGGUCCCGUCAAUGGCGAGACCACCGUCGCUUCGAAUGCCCAGUCGGAGGAUGUGCCAGUUGAAACAAUUGAGAAGGUCGAGGAUCAGGAGGGUCAGGAGAUUCUCCGACGUCUACGCAUGGUCGUCGGAGAGGAGUCGACCCCUUCCGGAACAGCAACACGCGAGAACGAUUCCGAAUCGUCAUUUACCCUACCGCCCGCCCCUCUGCCAGCCGCAACUACAUCCCAACAGCCCGGGCCGCUGUCCCAGUCAACGCCGUCCACAUUCCGGCCGCUAACCCUUCCGCCCAUCCCCGCGAGCGAUCCGAUCGGGUCCCUGGCGCUCCCUCCGAUGCCGUCCCAAGAAGCUACGUCCUUCUCGGAGGCCAUCUGUCCACCAAGCGAUGCGCCGCAACCGUCCAAGUCGCCGCAGCCGGGACCCAAAGCAAGCAAGAACUACGUUAAAAAGGCGUCGAUUCGGCAGAAACUUGAGGAGGCUAUCAGGAAUGGCGAGAUGCCCCCGUAUUGCGGUAACUGUGGCGCCAUUGAGACGCCGACGUGGAGGAAAGUGUGGACACAAGACGUGGUCGGCAGCCCGGAAUUCUGCGAGUUCUCCGAGAAGCCAGGCAGGAUCACGGCCAUCAUCGUACUGGAGCGGGACGACGAGGACAAGAUCACCAAGUACCAGAUGAUCAAGAAGAGCCUUGGUCUGAAUGAAGACAAGGCGGAGUGGACCGAUACGAUUCUCUGCAACCCCUGCGGUAUCUGGCUGGCGAAGUGGAAAUGUCAACGACCCGCUACGCAGUGGGACAAGGACCAGAACCGUCUUCAACGAUCGCGGCACCGCAGAGGGACCAGUAGUACGGGACGAAAAUCGCGAUCUCGCUCGAAGAAGGCGGGCUCAGCGGACGCGCAAAGGCCUGUUGCCGCAUCGGAAGCCAAUGUUCCUCAGACGGACCCUAUCGGGCCUGCAGAUGGCCAACAUGGGCACCCCCACGACGAAACCGGAAGCCACUCGGGAAGCCAAUGGGCAAACCAGUCGUUCGCACUGACGGAACAGAGCGGAGUAAGCGGUUCGCGUUCUAGAGAGGCGUCGCUAGCUCUGGAAAAAGUUCUGCUGCAGAUUGAUUCCCAGCCGCCUUCGCGGGAGCACCGCUCCGGGCCCGGCUCGACUCACUCGAGAGGGAGCGGUACGGCCAAGAGCCCCAUCAACCUGGAGGACGCGGACCACGACCACGAUAUGCCUGAUAUGGGCAGCACACGUCGGCUCUUGUUUCCUUCGCCCCGCAAGGAUGGCGUACCCAAGGUGCUGAACGACGUGGCCAUCAAUAUCGUACAGACGACGGAGAACCAGCGGGGACUCAAGGAGGCGAUGCCGGAGAAGGAGAACGUGGACAUCAGCACCAAAGACGCAGAUGGAACUGCCCUCGCUGACGAUGAGGAUCUCGAGGCCCUCUUCCGCAGUCCGAUGGCCCGGCCUUCUACCCCUCCACCAAAGUCGAAGAACCCGAACCAAGGUCCGUUCAAGACUCCGACGCGGCCAACGCCUAGCCACCGACCGAUUACUAGGAGUAUAUCGCGCUCGAUUCAGUCUAAGCGGUCCGCCAAGUCGCCAGGCCAGGCAGCCAUACAGCGAACGCCCACGAGGACACCGCGGUCUGCGCUCCGUCUCCCAUUAACCGAGAGCCCGACGCUGCGCAGGAGCCCUCGAUUCCAGCACGACGAGGAUAACAACCUCCUCGAGACGCCCAUGACUAGGAGCAUCAACCAACUUCUCUCCGAAGCACACGACUUUGACGUGGGUGCCAACUUCGACCUUGACUUGACCCACUUUACUUCAUUCGACGACGAUGGCCAGAAUAUGCUCGAUUUGGGCCAUUUACUCGACACGGACGCGGCACUGCCUAGAUCGUCGCCACGACGGCGCGAUCAGGAGGCCCUCCCAUAUGACGAGGCGAUCUGGAGUCAAUGGAGUGAGGCCGGUAACCAGGAAGACGAGAAGGAGUAA